AUGCGCUUCCUGUCAACAUCGAGAUCAGAGCCAAGGCUCGGUGCAGGCGGCAUCAUCGCUGCACUGCUACUGACGCUCAAUCGCUUUUCCUUGGCCUACCAACUGGAUCCUAAUUCGACGAGUUCGAUUAAAUCGAUUGCCAAAUCAAUCGCCAAGGAUAUGGUUGGCAUGUAUCAUGGCGACGAACCCGGACAAACACCAGGUCUACUACCUGAUCCUUAUUAUUGGUGGUACGCUGGCGCCUUUAUGGGAACACUCGUCGAUUAUUGGGCGUACACCGGAGAUUCUCAAUAUGUCGAAAUCACCAAACAGGCACUUCUUUUCCAGGUCGGCGAUCACGACGAUUAUAUGCCUAUUAACCAGACAAGAACCGAAGGAAAUGAUGAUCAGGGAUUCUGGGGACUUACUGUCAUGUCGGCUGCCGAGUACAACUUCCCCCACCCUGCAGAAGACCAGCCACAAUGGCUUGGACUUGCACAAGCCGUCUUCAAUACCCAGGCAGCUCGGUGGGAUACAGAGCAUUGCAAUGGCGGUUUGAGAUGGCAAAUCUUUCAGUGGAAUAGGGGUUACGACUACAAGAAUUCAAUCUCUCAAGCUUGUUUCUUUGCUCUAGGUGCCCGCCUCGCUCUCUUCACUGGCAAUAGCAGUUAUGCCGACUGGGCAGAUAGAACAUGGGACUGGAUGGAAGCAGUCGAGUUCAUUGACCCCAAGAGUUGGUACGUUUAUGACGGUGCUCAUAUCGGCAAUAACUGCACGAAACUCGUCCCCUAUCAAUUCUCUUACAACGCGGGCGGCAUGAUUCUCGGCGCUGCUGCCAUGUACAACUUUACCGAAAGCCAGGUCUGGAAGGAUCGCCUCGACAAUCUUCUUGUGGGCGCCAAAGUCUUUUUCUCGGGGCCUGAAAAGAACAUCAUGACAGAGGUAGCCUGUGAGCCCGUGAAACUUUGCAACCUCGACCAGAAGUCUUUCAAGGCAUAUCUGAGCCGCUGGCUUGCUGUCACUACGCAAUGGGCUCCCCAUACUCGCGACACUAUCAUGCCCCUUUUGCGUGCUUCCGCUGUUGCAGCCACUGACAAGUGCACGGGAGGCGACAACAAUCGAAUGUGUAGUCUCUACUGGACCAAGGACAAGUUCGAGGGCGAAGUCACCAUUGGUCAACAAAUGGCCGCAUUGGAAGUUACUCUUGCCUGCAUGAUCCAAGAUCGACCGGCCCCGUUAACGAAGGACACUGGAGGAACCAGCAAAGCCAACCCUGGCGGCGGUGCCGAAGACGUUGGGCGAACGACCCCUGAUUUGGAUUAUAAACCUUUACCUGCCGGUGAUAAGGCUGGUGCCGCCAUUAUUACCAUUUUGAUUCUCGCCGGCCUCCUCGCCGGUAUGUUCUGGAUAUUCUUUGACGAAACAUCAGACAGUGGUCCCAUUGAUCAGUUUCGGAGUUUUGGAUCCUCAGCCGCUGCUGUCGUUGCCGCUUUGGCUGCUGGUGGGGGCGCAGCCGCGGUAUUGGGACAUAAGAAGGGCAAGAAGGAUAUCAACGAGAAGACUGCGGCGGUCUUUGCGACAUCAAGCAAUGGCAGCUCCCAAGAAAACACCAACAGCCGCCCUGUUACAAACGAUGCGCCAGCCGGCGUUACCAAUCAAAGUCAGGGGCAACAUCGCCGGGUGUCUAGUAUGCCUUUGGGGUGGCCACAAAACCCAGCAAUGAGAGGAAGCACUCUAUAUGACUCUGAGGGAAUUUAUCCAGCGUCAGCCUCGGCGCGGCAAUCUCGAGGGGACUGGGCAGUAGGAGGAGGUAUUGGCGAAUCAAGCAGUGCUGCAGGAAGUUCGGCUGGUGGCAAUAGAAGCUACACGCAACAGGAGAACGCGACAGGCGACACCACUCCAGGCACCGAGGAACCUGGUCUAUCACACGAUAUGAACAGUAAUAGUGCCGCCCACACCGCCGAAUUGGGCGUGAGUCAACGUGAAGCUCCAGGACCUAUUGGGGUAGCACAGUGA